GUGUAUCUGGGCAUGCUCUGCAGCCCGGGCAGGUUUGGGGGCUUACAACCCCCUGCGCCCUGCAGCCCCCUAUACCGCCUGCCGUGGUAUCCCUGGCACAGGGCAAAGGAGCCUGGGAGGGGCGGGUGAUGAUGGGGUCACAGCUAGACCCUACCAUGGCCCGACUGAGCCCUCCUCCAGCCUACUUGAUUCAAGCCUCCUGCGCGCCCCUUUCCUUUCCAAAGCGUCCGCAUACCCUGAGCCUCACAGGCGGCGGCUGGGUGCAGGGCGCGUCCUUGCCAACGCAGCCUCCUUUCUUCCAUGGCUGAGUGUUAGCGCAGCGCUCCCUAGAAGCGCCUGGCGCCUGGCAGGCUGAGCGCAGGAGCAACCCCCCUUUUACUUCCCACCCCCGCUACUAGCCUCCUCCCAUCUGCCGGUCUCCCCCCACCCCGGGCCUCUCGUGGCCCCCGCGUACCACUGCGGGCACUGAGGCGCUAACUCCCGAGGGAGCGCUCGCUGCCUUGGCUGCACCAGUAGCAGAUCCGGGGCAGAGCCGGCUGCGCCGACCCCCCCCCCCCCUUCCCCGCAGCUCCCCCCCUCCCUUCUCACCACCCCACCCCCUCCCCACUCGGGUCUCCUUUGUGCUGCUCUCGCUCCUCCUGCCUCCUCCGGCUCUGCGCCCUAAGGACUGAGGCUGCGUCAAGGCGGAGUAGCGCUGCUGCUGCUGCUCUCGACGCUGACAGAUCCUUAUACACACUCGCAGUGAAUUAGCUCUGAGGAAGGGAAGGGGAACGAAGGAGAGAAAGACACCAACAAAAGGAAUCUGCUCCAACGACACCCACCAGCCCUCCGCAAGUUCAGCGCCCAGCUCUUCCUCCGCCAUUGCUGCGUGUGUGUGAGCUUGAAGGCAAAAGCUUGGAGAAACCACGCUAGAUCCUCGGGUGCUGCCUUUCUCUCAGAAGGAUGGUGAAACUGGGGAAUAAUUUCGCUGAGAAAGGCACAAAACAGCCCCUGUUGGAGGAUGGCUUCGACACCAUCCCCCUGAUGACACCCUUGGAUGUCAAUCAGCUGCAGUUCCCUCCUCCAGAUAAGGUGGUGGUCAAAACUAAAACAGAGUACGAGCCUGAUCGAAAGAAAGGGAAAUUCCGUACUCCCAAAAUAGCUGAAUUCACAAUCAGCAUCACAGAAGGCGUUUCUGAGAGAUUUAAGGUGACAGUCCUGGUCCUGUUUGCCUUGGCAUUCCUGACCUGUGUUGUUUUUCUGGUUGUCUACAAGGUUUACAAGUAUGACCACACUUGUCCAGAAGGAUUUGUUUUUAAGAAUAAUCAAUGCAUUCCAUCAGGAUUAGAGAACUACUACUCGGAACAAGACUCCAAUGCCCGGGGGAAAUUUUACACAGUCAUAAACCACUACAACUUGGCCAAGCAAACCAUCACUCGCUCAGUAUCUCCAUGGAUGUCAGUUUUGUCAGAGGAGAAACUGUCAGAGCAGGAGACGGAAGCUGCUGAGAAAUCAGCUUAGUGGGAUAGGCCCAUUAUUUCCAGUAUGUCAUUUGAAGGUAACAAAGGGACUUUAAGGAACAUUUCAUUAAAUAUAAUUAUGGAUAAUUUAGAGGUUACUCAUUUAUGGUGCAACUGCUUCUGUUUGCUGAUACUGCUUUGCAAAUAAAACUUGCUGCAGAACAUUCAUGGGCAUAAAACCAAGUGCAUAUCAGCAUUGCUUAAAAAGCUCUGAUGCCAUUCCCCAUGUUAAGAAAUCUUCAGUUAGCUAACCCAGAUAUGGCCUGGGAUUUAUUGGAUGUUGUCAGAAAAUAAAUGUACAGUGGAUUGGCCAGGGUUUGGGACUUCAGAUAAAUCAUGCAUUUUACUUGUCUGAAUUGAUACAUAUAUUUUUAAUCGCUUUGUUGUUUUGCAAACUGAACACCACAGCCGUAACUAGAGUGAUCUCUUGUUUAGCUCAGAGUGAGCCGAGCUUAAAAAUUCUUUCCAGCUCAAAUUCAAUGAUAACAAUGCUGACACCAAGGUCAUCCAGCAAUACCUGGUUUAGAGACCUAAGGGGAAAAAAUUCGAUCAGGUGGCCUAUUUAUCACAUUUCCUCUCCUGCAGCUGAUUUGUAAGUGAUGAUGAGGUUCUCUGCAACAAGGCAUGUUCAUUGGGGUUUUCUUAUCACUAUCAACAGAACAUCACCGCAUUUCCUCAGUGGUCCUGGCACCUUGGUAAAGAGGUGAAUUGAAACCCACAUGUGAUUGCUACUAAAAAGCAUGAACACAUUUCAUCAUGAGUGUAUUUGGAGGUGUAAAUGCAUUUGGGUGUUCUGUUUAGAAGUGGCCUCUAGGGUGACCCUCCUGGACAGUGAGAAAACCCAUCUUUAUUUUUUUUUUUUUGUAGAUAGUACACUCUGUAAUUUAUCUGAUAGGAAAGGAAGUCUUCAUUCACAAUGGUUGAUUUUUAUAUUCCAUUAGAGAUGGAUCUGCAUUGAUCUUUGUUUGCAAGUUAAUUAGGAAACACUACAGGGCUUGGGAGUGGGUUGGGAGGGAGAUAAAAAUGUGGUGGCUGUUUUAAUCUAAGUUUUUUGAAUUUCUGAACUGCAAAAACUGGGAGACCAGGUUAUAAUAACCCCCAAGAUAUAAGGAACAGGUUAAAGAGAACAUGGAGACCAGUGUUGUAUCUGCAAGUUCAGUUAGGAAAUUUCAUUUCACAAUCUCUGUAAGGAAAUCAUAUUUCAAUUUUAUUCUGAACAUCAAAUAUAUGUUUACAAAAUUGCCAGUUAGACAAGAUAAGUGUGUAAAACAAUUAAAUAUAAAAAAAUAUACACAGUUUUUUUCUCCAUGUUAUUUUGAAUGUGCUAUCUCUGGUGGAUAUGUCAAAAGUUUCAUUGUUUUUAGUAGAUAACCAAAAUAAAUAGCAAACAGUAGUAGGUUGUUCUCCCAGAUUUAUAGUCAAACAAACAUGGUGAGCAUGGUCAAUCCUACCCUAGAUUCCUUAAUUUUUCUUCUAAGACAAAUAUAUUUUAUUAAAAAGAAUGUUUCUAAACAAGGACCAUGCUUUCUUAAUUCUACGAGUGUUCAUUGAACAGUUAUGUACUGUAAAAGACUAGGGUAAAAGUCACUAAGCUAUGUGGAAUGCAUAAAAAGCAAUAAAUUAUGUGCCAAAACUUUUCCUGCAUCAAAAGAACUCAAAUCCAUGUAAACACAUGAUUAAAACAAACCAUGUUUGUAUUUUCUAGUAGAUUAUAUACUUUAUUGAAUGUAAAUUCAUUCACAUGUAACUUUUGACAUUUUCACUCUGUGUAAAUAAAGUACAAUAAGAACAUCA